AUGAACAAUAAAGGUGAAUAUUUACUUAACUUCAAAGGCUAUAACUUUGAAAGAUCUUUAGUUGACAUGAACACAGUUGAAAAUAUGGAUGAUCAGGAAAUUAGAGAUGAUGAUGUCUUCAUAGUCACAUAUCCAAAAUCUGGUACCAUCUGGACACAGCAGAUCCUCAGCCUGAUUUAUUUUGAGGGACACCGGAACAACACUGAAAACAUCCAAACAGUAGACAGAGCACCAUUCUUUGAGUACAAUAUUCAUAAUGUGGACUAUGCCAAAAUGCCAUCACCUCGUAUCUUUUGUUCCCACCUCCCGUAUUAUUUGGUACCAAAAGUUUUCAAGAACAAAAAAGUCAAAAUUCUUUAUAUCUACAGAAAUCCUAAAGAUGUUUUGACCUCCUACUUUCAUUUUUCAAAUUUGAUUGUUUUACUUGAAGCUUCAAAUUCUGUGGAAACAUUUAUGCAAACAUUCCUAGACGGAAGAGUGGUAGGAAGCAAUUGGUUUGACCACAUAAGAGGCUGGUAUGAACACAGACAUGACUUCAAUAUUAUGUUCCUGAGCUAUGAAGAUAUGAAGAAGGUAAGAUGA